CCAGCUUGACCGGUGAUAUUUCCAGUCUCCACUCUCCUCCAUCUCCUCCUGUUCCAGCUCCGAGACAACAAGUCACCGCACACUAAGAGCAUUGGCACAAUGCAUUCGUCUCGGAAUAUCUACAAGCGAGAAAUCGACUUUAGAGAACUAGCGCUUACAUCUCCAGAAUUCGCGAAACGUUUAAAAUCCAAUGAUCAGCUAGAUUUCAGCGAUCCGGACUCUGUGAGGCAGCUCACGAAGAGCCUCCUGGAACGAGAUUUCAAGCUUGCUGUCGAUCUGCCCGAUGACAGAUUAUGUCCUCCUAUACCAAAUAGGUUCAACUAUAUCCUGUGGCUACAAGACCUUAUCGACACCAGCUCGAGAACGGGUACCGAUCAGUAUGAUCCAAACAGAGAGGUCCUUGGUCUCGACAUUGGAACCGGUUGUUGUGCUAUCUACCCUCUCCUGGGGUGCUCCUCUCGUCCGAGAUGGAGUUUCAUCGCCACGGACAUCGACAGCAAGAACGUAUCGUUGUCACAAAAAGCUGUCUCCGACAAUAAGCUCGACGACCGAAUCAGAAUCAUGCAGACCAAUAAAGAUGAUCCGCUUAUCCCCACUGACAAACUCGAUGUUGAGAGUUUGGACUUUGUGAUGUGCAACCCGCCAUUUUAUGAAUCUGAAGACGAGCUUCUUUCGUCAGCCGAAGCUAAGUCACGGCCACCCUUUUCGGCAUGCACCGGUGCGGCAGUCGAAAUGAUAACGCCGGGAGGCGAAGUAGCCUUUAUUGAAUCCUUGUUAACGCAGUCACUAACCCUCAAAACACAAGUCUUGUGGUAUACGAGUAUGUUUGGCAAACUUUCCAGUGUUUCGAUUAUUGUGCAGAAACUUCUUGAUAAUGGUAUCAGCAAUUGGGCCGUUACCGAGUUUGUGCAGGGUAAGGGAACUCGUCGUUGGGCCGUGGGAUGGAGUUUCUCUGAUUGGAGACCGCGAAGUGACGUGAGCAGAGGAAUCGCUUCGCUUCCAAAACACCUUCUACCGUUUCCCUCAGAUUACAAGUUUGAUCUUCAGAGAACACAAAAAGGCUCUUUAGGACAGGCAAUCAGCAAGAUAGAAGCUGAAUUCUCGUCGUUUAGAUAUUUCCGCUAUAGCUGGUUCUCGGCACAGUCCUGCAUCGGCUAUGCAAAGGAAGAUGUCUGGUCUAGAAAGGCGCGGCGUAAACAUUCACGAGAGCAACAUGACGAUCCACUGGAAUACAAGCAGUCUAUGCGCCAUGACGAGUUGGUUUUUGCUGUUGAAGAGGCAGCGCUGGGAUUUCGGAUUGAUCUAUCACUUCAAGCUGACCAUAGUGUGGAUGUGGUAAUCAGAUGGAUCAAAGGAUCAGACCAGGUGCUAUUUGAGAGCUUCUGUGGCAUGAUAAAAAGAAAAGCCACGGAGGAGGUACACGAAUAA